AUGCCGAGCCCUGCCUUUACGUUGGCAGAAGGACAGCCAGUUGCAAACCCAUCCGUCAGUACCACGUUGCCUACCUUUGGCAGCGGAGGCAUCACUACCUUGGGUGACACUCUCCUGAUUGAGACGCUUUCGCACUUCAAUCGUGAACGUAUUCCUGAAAGAGUUGUGCAUGCCAAAGCUGCAGGUGCUUGGGGCGAGUUCGAGGUCACCAAUGAUAUAUCUUCCCUCACAUCGGCCAAGUUCCUCAAUGGCGUGGGCAAGAAAACUCCCAUCCUUUUCCGUCUUAGCACCACUGGCGGUGAAAAGGGCAGCGCAGAUACCGUUCGGGACGUGCGAGGCUUCUCUGUCAAGUUCUUCACGGAGGAGGGCAACCACGACAUUGUAGGGAACCACAUUCCGGUGUUCUUCGUGCGCGAUCCGAUUAGGUUUCCAUCCCUGAAUAGAAGCCAUAAAAGGCAUCCUGCCACUAACCGACCAGAUUGGACCAUGUUCUGGGACUUCCACGUCAAUCAACCGGAGAGUGUUCACGCUUUGAUGCACCUGUUUGGCUCUCGCGGUAUCCCCGAUUCGAUCCGUCGAGUGACAGGGUUUGGCGUCCAUACCUUCAAGAUGGUGGCAGCUGAUGGCAGGUUCCGCUACUGCAAAUUUCACUUCCGACCGACCCAAAGCAUCACCCAUCUCUCUGGACAAGACGCCACUCGCAUGGCUGGGGCAAAUGCCGACUUUCACACCCAGGACCUGUGGGAUGCCAUCUCUCGUGGACAGUUUCCGGCCUGGAAACUUUACUUGCAGGUGAUGGAGCCCGAGCAGGCUGAGACCUACGGCCGCGCUCUUUUUGAUAUCACCAAAGUCUGGCCCCACAAGGACUUCCCGUUGCUUGAAGUUGGACAAAUGACUCUAAACAAGAAUCCGGACAAUUAUUUUGCGGAGAUCGAACAAGCUGCAUUCUCGCCUUCCAACAUGGUCCCUGGUAUCGCGAUGACACCUGAUCCUAUGUUGCAGGCGCGCAUGUUUGCCUACCCUGACGCUCAACGAUACCGCUUGGGGGUGAACUACACACAGCUCCCUCCAAACCGUGCAAUUUGCCCUGUUUACGCACCCUUUGAGCGCGAUGGUAUGGCGACCGUGACCCGGAACUAUGGAGGUGACCCGAACUAUGUGCGCAGUACGUUGAGCCCAGGCGUACCCAGCCAGGUGGUUUCCAAUGUGCGACACACCGAGCGCAUCGAACAGAACGCCACCCUGGGCCAGAAUGAGAUUUUGGUUGAUGAUGAGGAUUACAUUCAGCCACGCGAGCUGUGGAACAGGGUCUUUGAUGAGACCGAGAAAAGGCAGUGGGUGGCGAAUGUGUCGGAGACCUUGGAGGACGUGCCUGCUCAGCUGAAGGAAGCUGUCAUGUCGAUGUUCAGCCAGAUCGACCCUCGUAUUGGCCAAUUGAUAGGGGUUAAGACUAAGAGCAGCUCGCGCCUCUGA